CACACCAAAGACUUUGGUUGCUUCGUUCGUGUUGUUCACAGUAGGGUUGCUUAGCCUCGUUUUCCUUUGCUUUGCAGCUCACAAAACGCCACCCUUCUCUCUCUCUCUUCCUUCUUCUCUCGUGACCCUAUCAUUUAUUUUCAUUCUAUUCCCAAUUCCAUCCAAUUUCUCUCUCUCACUCCCACUCUCUGCAACAAUGGGCGCUUCUCUGCCCAACAAGGAGGCCAACCUCUUCAAGCUCAUCGUCAAAUCAUAUGAAACCAAACAGUAUAAAAAGGGCCUCAAAGCUGCUGAUACCAUUUUGAAAAAAUUUCCAGACCAUGGAGAAACUUUAUCGAUGAAGGGUUUGACACUAAAUUGCAUGGAUCGUAAGUCUGAAGCUUAUGAACUUGUUCGUCAAGGAUUAAAGAAUGACCUUAAAAGUCAUGUCUGCUGGCAUGUUUUUGGUCUCCUUUAUCGAUCAGACAGAGAAUACAGGGAAGCGAUCAAGUGCUAUCGAAAUGCACUGAAAAUAGAUCCUGACAAUAUUGAAAUUCUUCGUGAUCUAUCACUCCUACAGGCACAAAUGCGAGAUUUAUCGGGCUUUGUUGAGACAAGACAACAACUUUUGACUUUGAAGCCAAAUCAUCGCAUGAAUUGGAUUGGAUUUUCCGUAGCCCAUCAUUUGAACUCAAAUGCAUCCAAAGCAGUUGAAAUUUUGGAAGCUUAUGAAGGGACUUUGGAAGAGGAUUAUCCUCCAGAAAAUGAACGGUGUGAGCAUGGGGAAAUGCUUUUGUACAAGAUCUCGUUGUUAGAGGAAUGUGGGUUUCUCGAGAGAGCUCUUGAGGAGUUGCACAAAAAAGAAUUUAAAAUUGUUGAUAAGCUUGCAUACAAAGAACAAGAGGUGUCACUUCUAGUAAAGCUUGGUCACUCACAAGAAGGCGAAGCUUUGUACCGGGCAUUACUUUCCAUGAAUCCUGAUAAUUAUAGAUACUAUGAAGGACUCCAAAAGUGUGUUGGACUUUAUUUAGAAGAUGGGCAGUACUCGCCUGAUCAAAUAGACCAGUUAGAUUCCUUGUACAAAACACUUGUACAACAAUACAAGUGGUCUUCUGCUGUUAAGAGGAUACCGCUAGAUUUUCUACAAGGUGACAAAUUUCGAGAAGCAGCAGACAAUUAUAUUAGGCCUCUCUUAACCAAGGGGGUUCCCUCUCUGUUCUCUGAUCUAUCAUCUCUGUAUAAUCACCCUGGGAAGGCAGACAUUUUGGAACAACUUAUUCUUGAGUUAGAGCAGUCAAUUAGGACGUCAGGCCAAUAUCCUGGAGGGACAAACAAAGAACCCCCUUCAACUCUUAUGUGGACUUUGUUUUUAUUGGCUCAGCAUUAUGACAAGCGGGGUCAAUUUGAAAUUGCUCUAUCUAAAAUUGAUGAAGCUAUAGAACAUACACCCACAGUCAUUGAUCUAUAUUCUGUCAAGAGUCGGAUACUGAAGCAUGCUGGUGAUUUGGUUGCUGCUGCUGCAUUUGCAGAUGAAGCUAGGUGUAUGGAUCUUGCUGAUCGUUAUGUUAAUAGUGAGUGUGUUAAACGGAUGCUGCAGGCUGAUCAGGUGUCUUUGGCCGAAAAAACUGCUGUAUUGUUCACAAAGGAUGGGGAUCAACACAAUAACCUUCACGACAUGCAGUGCAUGUGGUAUGAGCUAGCCUCCGGCGAAAGCUAUUUCCGCCAGGGUGAUCUUGGACGGGCACUCAAAAAAUUUUUAGCAGUGGAAAAGCAUUAUGCUGAUAUCACGGAGGACCAAUUUGAUUUUCAUUCUUACUGCUUACGGAAAAUGACAUUGCGUACUUAUGUGGAAAUGCUUAAAUUUCAAGACCAAUUGCAUUCACAUUCAUAUUUUCACAAAGCAGCCGCUGGGGCUAUCAGAUGCUAUAUUAAGUUGUAUGAUUCUCCCCCAAAGUCUACAGCAGAGGAAGAUGAUAAUAUGGCGAAGUUACUUCCUUCUCAGAAGAAGAAAAUGAGGCAAAAGCAGAGAAAGGCAGAAGCAAGAGCCAAAAAAGAGGCAGAAGAAAAGAAUGAAGAGUUGAGUGCAGGUGGGGUAUCGAAGUCUGGGAAGCGGCAUGUGAAGCCUGUUGAUCCUGAUCCAAACGGGGAGAAGUUGUUGCAGGUUGAAGAUCCAUUGUCAGAAGCUACUAAAUACUUGAAGUUGCUGCAGAAGAAUUCCCCUGAUUCAUUGGAGACACACUUGCUCUCUUUUGAAUUAUAUACAAGGAAACAAAAAACUUUGCUUGCCUUUCAGGCUGUGAAGCAGUUACUGAGAUUGGACCCUGAACACCCUGAUUCUCAUCGUUGUUUGAUUAAAUUCUUCCAUAAAGUGGGAUCCAUGAAUGCUCCUGUGACUGACAGUGAGAAACUGAUUUGGAGUGUCUUAGAGGCUGAACGCCCAAAUAUUAGCCAGGUGCAUGAGAAAUCCCUGUUUGAGGCAAACAACUCUAUCCUUGAAAAACAUAAAGAUUCUUUGAUGCAUAGAGCAGCUUUUGUAGAAAUCUUGCACAUUUUGGAUUCAAACAGAAAAUCCGAGACUGUUAAGUUCAUUGAAGAAUCAACAAAUAACAUUGUGCCUAGAAAUGGCGCACUUGGACCUAUCAGGGAAUGGAAACUUAAAGACUGUAUUGCAGUUCACCAUCUUCUUGAAACAGUUCUUGCUGAUCAGGAUGCUGCAUUAAGAUGGAAGGUGCAAUGUGCGGAUUUCUUUCCCUAUUCUACGUACUUUGAGGGAAGGCACAGCUCUGCUUCUCCCAAUUCGGCCUUCAACCAGUUACGUAAGAACUCUGAAAAUGAGAGUGUUAACCACAUCACAUCAAACGGAAAACUAGAGGCAUUUAAAGAUCUCACAAUCUGAUAAAGUCGAAUGAUGAGGCUAAGAGUUUGGAUGCUUGUUACCAAACGGCAUUUGACACUCCCAGAAACGACCGCGUUGCAGUUUGCAGCAACAAAGGUCACAGUUUUGGUGCGGGUUAUGGCAAACUACUCCAUGUAUUUUCUUUGCUUGAUUUCUCCCUCCCAUCUGUGAUAUUUAUUUGGUUUGCAAAUGUGUAUAUUUUCACCUCAAUUAUUAUGUCUUAGGAUUGUCUUUUUCAAUUUCUUCACCUUUUUUUCUUUUUCUUUUUGCUGAGAGGUGGUACACGGGGCUCUAUAGGCAUUUACCAUGUUCUUGGAUUUUCAUUUUGGUUGUUGGGAGAGGUACAGAAUGAUUUAGGUUUUGGUCCUGCAUCCAGCCAACACACAUAUAGGGAGAGCAUGUUGUAUCUUUCCUAUUUAAUUGGUCUAUUCAUGUAUAACCAUUAAAUUAUGUCAAAGUUUUGCAACUGGAUACCAAAAUUAUGUAAUUUUGGAUGAUUAAUUCAGUAAAACAAAAUUGCAGUUGGUAGAA